CUUGGACGGCGUUCGCGAUGCUGCAGGUAUAUAAGGCAGCUGUCCUGGAGCAAUUGUACAUUCCUCGUUAUCUUUCUCGGGCGAGAUUCCUAUCUUGAUUUUCAUUGUUGCCAUGGCCUCCCUGAGAAGUGUCCUUCUGGUCUUCGGAUCUGUUCUAUCUGCCGUGCUUUGUGCGCCAUGGCUCGAAAGCCGCCAGACUCUACAGACCAUUCCCGGGAAAUAUAUCGUUACCUUCAAGCCGGGAACAGACGAUGCCAAGAUCGAUGAACAUACAGCCUGGGCGACAAACCUUCACAAACGGCAUCUUGAAGACCGCAGUUUCACCGAGCAAGACCUACCUGUCGGCAUUGAGCGACAUUACAAGAUUAACAGGUUUGCCGGAUAUGCUGGCUCGUUCGAUGACGCAACCAUUGCUGCAAUCCGCCAACAUGCAGAUGUAGCCAACGUCGAGGACGAUCAGAUCUGGUAUCCUGACGGACUGAUCACGGAGCAUAACUCCCCAUGGGGUCUAGGAUGCAUUUCUCAUCGGGGGCUGGCAAGCACUGACUACGUCUACGACGAUAGCGCUGGAAUUGGCACCUAUGCUUAUAUUGUGGACACAGGCGUUUUGAGCACCCAUGAUGAAUUUGCUGGUCGCGCCCUCUUGGCAUACAACGCUGUUGGAGGACAACAUACCGAUGGAGUCGGGCAUGGCACCCAUGUUGCAGGAAUCAUUGGUGGACGAACUUACGGAGUGGCGAAGAGGACGAGUCUGGUCUCAGUGAAGGUCUUCACUGGCGAAUCCAGCUCUACCUCGGUCAUUCUCGAUGGUUACAAUUGGGCCGUCAAUGACAUCGUGACCAAGAACCGUACGAGCAAAGCAGUGAUCAACAUGAGCUUGGGCGGGAGCUAUUCCAGCACGUUCAAUGAUGCUGUCGAAAAUGCCUUCGAUGAAGGGGUCCUCACCGUCGUUGCGGCAGGCAAUGAGAAUAGGGACGCUGCGCGGACGAGCCCGGCAUCGGCGCCGAAUGCUGUCACUGUCGCUGCCAUCAACCGACGGAACUCCCGCUCCAACUUCUCCAACUUCGGCUCUGUCGUCGACAUCUUUGCGCCCGGAGAGGAUAUUCUCUCCUCUUGGAUUGGAUCGGAUACGACGACCAGAACCAUUUCUGGAACCUCGAUGGCUACGCCUCAUGUUACGGGAUUGACACUGUACCUCAUGGCGCUCGAGGUCUUGUCUACUCCGACCGCAGUGACAGCUCGCCUCAAGGCACUGGCCACACGGAAUGUAGUCACGAAUACCGCUGGUAGUCCGAAUCUUCUUGCGUACAACGGAAAUGGAAGAGCAUCUGACCAUCAGGGAGAUGGAGAUGGAGACGGAGAUAACGACGGAGGCUGGGACAAGGAAGAGCUUGGGAUCCUGUAGCCAGGUAUGGCCCAGACCGUUGAGCCCCCAGUUCGUGUGAUGAUAAGGAGCUAGGAUGAGAGAAUGAAUGAUCUGAGAUAUGGGAUGGCAGGGCACAUCCUCCAGAGCCACGGAUGCUGGUCCACCGUGACAAGGAAUAGGAUCAAGCACAUGCAAAGCCUUUCCCGUCACGCUUCCGAAGUAGUACCAAGCUGAAGGUCGGAUACGUCGAUCCGCGCUGGAGUACAGGACUAUGUAUAAGCGAUUGUCGGGUAAAGACCGAGCGCUGAUAGGCCCAGCAGCGUGAGCUGUCUGCCCGUGGCACUUGUU